AUGCCCCCCACAGAGUCCAGCCCCCUCCUCUCCCCCUCUACCCUCGAAGCAGGCGUGCCCCACACCACUCCCUCAUGGCAUUUCUGGAACCGCCCUCCCUUCAGACAGGUCCGCUUCGUGUCUCCGUCGGCGGCAAUGCAUGGUGCAGAUGAUGAGCUGGACCAACCAGAUAGACCCAAGCAGCCGUUCUAUCGCUCAGAAGAAGCCAUGGGUCGGUGGCUGAUAUAUUGCCUAUUGGUUCUCGUCGGUAUGAUCCUCGGUGCCUCGUUUUCAAAGCAUUGGACGCGGGGUGAAGGAAAACUAGGAAACGGGCCCAUGGUUCCUCCUGUCUGGACACUUCCUCCGCCUACCGGUCUGCCCAGGAAUGACCCCUACCUGAUCAACGCCACCUCUGCGGCUGUCGCAUCCGAAGACGUCACCUGUUCGAACCUCGGUCUCGAUAUCUUGCGCAACAAGAACGGGUCUGCCGUCGAUAGCGCCAUCAGCACCACUCUUUGCAUAGGCCUCUUGAAUGCUUUCAGCUCAGGGAUUGGAGGAGGAGGGUUCAUGGUGGUUCGUGUGCCGGAAGAGCAUUACGUGCCGCACGAGCUGCUGAAGGAGAUUGGGUACGAGGGACAACUCCAGGAGGGUCGGGUAGUGGCAUUCGAUUUUAGAGAGACCAGUCCGGAGAAGAGCGAGGUGGACAUGUAUGGGACAUCUAGAGCUGGGAGGGCGGCUGCCCAGGUUGGAGGUCUGGCUGUCGCUGUCCCGGGGGAGCUUAGAGGUCUGGAAGCAGCCCAUAAGCUGUAUGGCACCCUGCCCUGGGAAGACGUGGUCAUGCCUGUGGCAGAUUUGGCGAAAGGAUGGAAGGUCUCGCGUGAGCUCGCUAAGCGUCUACGGUUUUUUGGUCAGUUUAUGUUGUCAUCUCCGGCUUGGAAAGCUAUCUAUGCUCCUCGGGGUGAACUUCUUGUUGAAGGCGAAUUCAUUCAAAGAACCAACUACGGCAAGACACUCGAGAAGAUUGCCCGAGAGGGUGCCGAGGCAUUCUAUCACGGUGAGAUCGCUGAGAGCACUGUGGAAACCAUCAAAAAUGCAGGGGGUAUCAUGACCCUCAAUGAUGCAAGUUAUAAACUCAGCAAAGCUCUUAAACACUACAAAGCACUUGCUUACCCAGCUAUCCACGGCACCUUCAUGUCCAAAGAGGUCUACACCACCUCCGCCCCUUCCUCCGGCGGUGUUCUCUUAGGCUUGCUCAGCGUCCUCGAGCCAUUGAAUAUCACCAGCACAGGCGGUUUGAGGGAUGUCCUGAAUGCUCACAGGUUUAUUGAGGCCCUCAAGUUCGCCUUUGGUGCGAGAUCAGCUAUCACCGACCCUGCGUUCGCCGCCAACAGGAGCGCGCUAGAGGAUGUACACUCGAAGCAGUGGGCUGAUGAUGUACGGGCUAAAAUCACUGAUGACGCAACACAUUCCGCAGACUAUUAUGGCCUGCAAUAUGACACACCUAUAGAUCACGGAACAACCCACAUCAGUGUGGCUGAUCAGUGGGGAGGUGCUGCUAGUGUCACGUCGACCAUCAACCUCAUUUGGGGCAGCCAUGUGAUGGAUUCCAAGACCGGCAUCAUCUUCAACGACGAGCAAGACGAUUUUGCCAUUCCAGGCGCUGCUGAUGCGUUCGGACUUUGGCCUAGUCCAUGGAAUUAUCCCAUGCCGGGAAAAAAGCCCCUCUCUUCGACAGCAGCCUCCAUUAUCCUCAACCCCCCAACCAGAUCGCACCCAUCAACCCUUUACGCCGUCCUAGGCGGUUCCGGGGGCUCCCGGAUCUUCCCCUCCAUCGCACAAGUCGUACUCAACCUCUUUUCGGGCAAAGACAUCUCGCAGUCAAUCGAGGAUUACCGGCUACACAAUCAGAUUGUCCCGGAUCUGACUACGAUGGAAGUUGGCCCGGAGGGAGAGAACCGAGAGCUGGUGGAGGGACUGAAAGCCAAGGGGCACAGGAUUGGAGAAUUCGACGUCAAUAUUGGAAUAUCGGAAGUGCAAGCAAUUGUCCUUCAAGAUGGUUGUUUGUACGCCUCAAGCGACUCUAGAAAAAAUGGUAUCGCAGCGGGUCAUUAA